AUGGCAAACACAUCCUUUAUUUUGCCUAUCAUCAAUUUGGGCCUUUACAUAAACGACAAAAAUUCAACAAAAGCAAUAGAAGAGUGCAAAAAGACGGCAAAUGCAUUACGCGAUUAUGGCGCAUUACUGGUCAAAGAUCCACGUGUAACUGAGGAAGAUAAUGCGCAAUUCUUGGAUUUAAUUGAGGAUUACUUUGCACAGCCAUUCGAUAUUAAAUUACAAGAUGCACGUCCAGAAUUUGGGUAUCAAGUUGGAGUCACUCCCGAAUUUACCGAAGAACCCAAAUGCCAUCGAGAUCCCCAUUGUCAGGAUAUUAUUGCAAAGAUCCCAGCUUCGGACAAACCGUUGAAAUUCGAAGGACCAGAUCCGAAAUGGAGAUUCUUUUGGCGAAUUGGGGAUCAACCUAAGCAAACCAAAUUUCCACGACUGAAUGCAGAUCCGGUUAUUCCAGCCGCAUUCAAAAAUGAAUGGCCAAAGAUCAUGAAUACUUGGGGAACUCAAUUGCAUCAAGCGGUCUUGGGCAUCACAGAAAUGGCGUCAGUUGGAUUCGGCAUGGAUGCGAAUACGUUACCUGACAUGACUAAAUAUGGUCCUCAUCUGCUUGCACCGACUGCAAGUGAUCUUGAAAAAUUUGGAUCAAUAGGGACUGUUUUGGCUGGUCUAACAAUUCAUGGCAAAUCACGGUUCCCCGGAUUAAAUAUAUGGCCACGAAACGGCACAGAAAAAAUUGCUGUUCGAGUACCCGAUGGACAUUUAUUGGUUCAAGCAGGUAAGCAACUCGAAUGGUUAACUGGUGGUGAAGUCAUGGCUGGAUAUCAUGAAGUAGUCGUGACUGAAGACACGAUCAAGACUAUUGAAAAGGUAAAAAUUACGCGUCCGGAUCGACCUCUUUGGCGUAUUUCGUCGACUUUCUUCCUGCAUAUUGCAAGCGAUGAAUUAUUGAGACCUUUGAAACCGUUUAGGGGGGACCCUAUGCAGUAUCCUCCCACUUUAACGGGGGAUCAAACAUAA